AUUGUCCAAAACCUUUCAUCUUGCGUAGAAACUCUUCCCCGUCACGUAGAAGGAUCAUGGAGAACGAGAGUUACGCUCAGCAGCUGUCCGAGCCGCUGACUGGGGAUUCCACCUUAAAGAGUGAGAAAAGUUACAAACAGAUGAGCGGAGAGAUGAUUCCAUGUCAGGUUAUCUCCAAUCCACACACUCAGUCGGCCGUGGUAACCAUAUCACCCGAUGAUCCACCGAUAAGUGAUUACCUGCUGUUCUCGGUUUUCAAUAUCAUGUGUAUAAACUUGUGCUGCUUGGGAUUCCUUUCACUUGUCUUCUCCAUCAAGUCCCGAGAUCGCAAGCUGGUUGGAGACCGAAGUGGAGCUUUGAGUUACGGUUCGACAUCCCGUGCCAUUAACAUCACGGCCACUGUAUUGACAAUACUAUUUUUCAUUAUAAUAUUCUACGUUUUGUUGACCAGCCUCCCCCCUCUGCCGUCGCUGAUGCAUACUAUAAACGCCAUGCUUUCAGGAAAGUGAAUGAAGUAGCAUGAAUCCCCCUUCUCACUUCUUUACCCUGCUGAGUUUGACACCGGAUAUUAUUGAGUUUUCUCCAGUUCCAAACAUCACCUUUUGUUAUCUUUUCCUACAUCAGCCAAGGCAUUGUAUUGUCCCCUCCGACGAGGCUGCUUUAGAUUCUCUGCAUUUUGAUUGUCUCAACAGCUGUCAAUAAACAUUUUUAUAAUGA